UGAGGCUAUAAAUGAAUAUGGAGGCGAAUAUGUGAGCAACACCCAUUGUCACUUCACUGCGGGGGAAUUCCGGUGUUUUCUGUCAUCAAAUGUAGACUUCUUACGCAAUGAUUACGUCCGUUUCUGGGAGCAAGUUAUUUAAAAUAACAAUUUUGAGAUGUUCCCGUUUAACAUGGUGGAACGAAUGUGGUACGUUUUGCUGUGUUUGAUCAGUAAUUCGCAACUUUUGUUGCCGAUACACUCGCUGUCACUACGGGAUGCAUCGGGAAUACAGGCCCGUGUUGUGGGCAACAGCAAUGGCUCGACUGUACACAUAGUUUUGCAGCGUUCGACUGCAGGCACAGUGGCCGAGAAAGUGUGCCCACCAGGAUUCUACGAGCAUACGCGUCCCCGCCGCCGGACUGGGCGAGCAGCGGCCGCUACUAUCGUAGGGCGCAGUGGAACGAGGAGUUCCUCUAAUGGUGGCAGUAGCAAAGUACCCAAUGAAAAUGAAGAAGAGGAAAUUGUACCACUGAAAUUAUGCCUACCUUGCUCUCUUUGCAAACAAGAUCAGGUAACAAAGAAACCAUGCACUCCAACGCAGGAUACAGUUUGCCAAACAUGUGGAAUAAACAUCGAUUCUGGUCCUUGCGUACGUUACGAACAAGUUGAUAUAAAUCUUGCCACAAACCCGCCAAGGAACGAUAAAGCAUCUAACGUCCAAGUUACGCUUGAUUUUGCAGGAAAGCCGGAUGGUGUCAAAGCAGAUAAACCUGCGCUUGGAUCAGCUCCGCAAGAUCUGAACGUGAAUAUAUUAAAAGCAGGGAAAGAUGAAAGGAAUUCUUGGUAUUUUCUCAGUCUAUGUGCGUUGAUCGGUCUGCUGGUUUUCCUGUCUUUGGUAAUGGGGGCUUAUCUCGUCUCGGUCAAAGUUACGUCCUGGUGGCGAUACCAACGUCCAGUCACUGUCCGCAGGAGAGGGCAAAGUUUCCAUUCUGAAGGCAACCACAUCAACCUCACCACCUUCCCUUCCUCCUCCCAACGCUACGAUGACAUCAUCCCCGGGUCAAGGGAGGUCACAAGGUCGCGGGAGGUCGCCCCUAGAGAAGCCAUUAAGCUGGUGAGAGGGCCUGAGGCGGCUUCGGUGGAGGAGAGCUACCCCAGCACAUCAGCAUCCUCAUCGGCGCCCAAUCCUAAAAUCCAAGUGGUGCACCUCCGCGCCGGCAGCAGUGACUUCGAUUCGAUGGCGUCAUUCGAUUCCUACGUUAUGGAUGGAAGGGGGUUCUCCAAGGCGCGCUACGUGGAUCGAUACUACACUGCAGGCUGCAGCUGGAGCGGUAACGCGACGAAUAGAGACUCGUCCGAUUAUUCCUCGGACGAUGACGGUGAUGAGGAUGAUGACUGCGGCGGCGCGGAGAGUGGUGCUAUUUUCUCGCCGUCGCGGCAACCCGCCGUGCCCAGGACGGUGAGGGGGAAACAUUUAUACCAGUCUCUGCCCCUGAGUGAGAGUGGUGGUAAUGAUAGUAGCUGCAAGGUACACAUUGUGCAAUGGCCCUCUGCCGUGAGAACAGGUCACCGGUCUACUUUUCAAGUGUGCAUGAAUGGUGAGAAUAGUGAGUAUUAUCAUGGCGCCCCAACUCAAAGGUCAGCUGACGACUUACACAGGGGAUACCCUAGUGUAAAACAUAAAAAUGUGGUUGGGGAAAGCUCAAAUUGUAACACUUUUCCUAAAAAUUAUCAUCCCUUGAUGAAUCUCAAUAUAGAGAAAAACUAUGAUCCCCAUUCUGUUUGUACAACUCAGGUGAUGACUGGGGCCAUUUCUCUCGACAGCUCCUCACACUGCCCCAUGGGGAGCACACCCCUAAAACUUGAUCACCACUCUCAAUCCUUAAGAGAGAAUAGUGACCCUUCUUAUAAGCAACCCACAGCUGCUUUGCCUGUGGCUGGAGGCACGAAAUACGAUCACCAGCUCAAUCAUCCACCGCAAAGGACCGAGUGGGAUGAUAGGGGGUCCGGCUACCAGACUUGUCAAAAUUUUCACGAACACCGGUCCAAAAGCGACAAAAGCCAUUCAUACCCUCCGAUCGUUUCUACGGUGGUAUCAAAUGAGACGACGGAGCCGCACAAUGGUACGGAAGCCCCCAUCUUGAAUGGAAAUUGUGAACCGCAUCCCCCGCUGGAGGAGGGCAUCAGUCGCCAUGACGAUGACAUCAAUGAAGCAACCACCUCCUGUACAAAUCACAAUACAGCUGAUGCACCAUUAGGAGCUCAAUUAUGUACGGAAUGCGGAGAGAAAAUAUCUUAAUAUAUUCUUUUGUGUGAAAAUAAAAUUAGCAUAUUCACAAAAAUUGUUUACUACAUGUGUUAUUCUCUGCACAAAAUGUAGGUUUCCUUUUAAAAAUCAUUUACAUCUGCAAUAAUACGUGUAGUUCAAUAUUGUAGUAAAUAUAGUAUGAAGUACAAUGUAAACUAGUCUACAGUCAUAUGUUUAAUAGACAUUUUUCAAACCAAUUCCCUAGCAAGCGUACCAGUAGCUAUAAUUUACUCUUUGGUCUAAUAAGAGACAGCUACACAGUACACAGUUACAUUUGCUCAAGUUCUAUGCUAACCUACUGUUUGUUGUUAAUGCACAUAGAGGAGGGAAAAGGGACCCUUUAAAAACAGAAUCUAAAUGGAGAAAGAGAGAAAUGAUUUUACAAACAAAAUGUCAUACAUGUGGUUUACAAUUUUGAUUCAAAAGAAAAUCUUUAAAACAAGAUAUCCCCUACCAUACUACAUGUACUUGUGCUUCAUGUUUAAUACCUUUGUUCAAGUUUAAUGAAAUUUAGCAAAUAUUUUUAAUGAAUUGCUGAUGAUAUUAUAACACAUUCAUACUUUGGGGUUGGAUGUACUUGUAAAUGUACAGUGUACAACUGUUCAUGGUAUAUACAACGUAUGUGUCUAGUGACUAUAGCCCCUUAUAAAAUGGAAUCAUAAUGUAUGUACAUGUACAUGUGUGACUCAAAUCAAGGUACCAUUCGUGAUUUCGUGUUUGUAAAAUUUGUAGUUUAUGCAGACACUUUUUGCUCUGUAAAUGUAACGUUGUUAGUCCUCAUGUGCAAAUCGUAUAUGCUACUGUUUGAGAGUUUGUUUUCAAUGUGAAGGUUAGAAAGCGAAGGUGUCCUUAGUCAAAAUACAGAUACAGUGUACAUUACAGACAGUGUACAUUACAUAUCAUGUACAUUGCAUUGUACAUUACAUUGUAUGUGUUUGUUGUGAUGAGAUCAGAGAGCUGUUAUAGAGUUUCCUUGGUUAUUAUGGUAACAUACAGGUACAUGUACAUAGUUUCAGUGAGUCACUAUCAGACCAUUGGUACGAGUCCAUGUGUACAUGUGCAUGGCAAUCAGAAAAACUGCAAGCUAACUUAUCAGUUUUCCCGUCCGCAUCCAAGGAAAGUGUCUAAACCGUUGACAUCGAAACUGUCACAGACCGUGCAUGUAAUUGCAAUACGAUGUGUUAUUAAUUAUAGAAUUAUACCCUCAUGAAUUAAUACAUCCCGAUGAAUUUGUUCGAGAACAAGUCAAGUAUGCCUGUUCAUUACUUUCCCCAAAGACAUUGUAGUCAUAAUACUCUUUUCACCAUUAUAUUAGAAUUUCAUUCUAUAUAAAUGUAUUUAUGCAAGGUUUUCUUGCUUUAGUACA